AUGAAGAAUAUAGAUGGUGGACAGAAGCCCUUAGCUGUGUCAUUUACUAGUUUUACCACCCUGUGGAAACGACUUCAUCUCUCAGUCUGUGAUCCACGAAAUGGGCAUCUCAUGAUCCUGCCUCACUCGCAGUGUGGUUCUAGGAGAUUUUGUCAGGAAGAAGCUGAUAAGCCGUGGGAGCUGCUCUGUGUCAUGAAAAGCCAGGGCUGGCUUCCUAAGGAGGGAAGUGUGCGGCGGCUCCUGUGUGCAGAUCCUUCCUGCCCCAUCUGCAAUGCUGUGGCUCUGGAGAUUCAGCAGUUGCUGUCAGAUCAGAAAUGCUUAACACAGUCAGCUGCCCAGUCGACCAGUGUCAGCAUCCAAGAUAUCCAAGGUGAAUGCCUCCAGCGAAGGAAGGGAUAUCAAGUGCCAGAUGUGUCCAGGGAUACAGGAGCUCUGUCUUCUUCAAGUGAGGGGACUAGGACUCCUGUGAAUCAGCAGGACAAGAGGAAGAGCUACCCUGUAUGUGUGCUGGAGAAACAAGAAGCUGCAGAAGCUGGCUUGGGUAAUAAGGUGAAGCACUUUCCACACUGGAUUAACCCCGAAGUGAAAGGUCAAAGGCAUAAAGAAUCCAUUCUCCUCUGUAAGGAUGACAUGCCCAAAACCAUGACAAAAAAUAUUGAGAAGAGUUCACCCCUCACCAAACACCCUGUGAGAGGAGCCAAGAUGGAGAAUAAAACAGAGGAGGGCAUGACUUUCUUUGAUGCUCCUCAGUCUCUCGACAAUGAACUCAAUCACAAUCCCUUCAGUCCAGAUGCUCCUAGUUGCUGUGCCUUCCUCACAACAGCUCCAAGCACUGUCCUCAGCUGACUUGUGCCACCCAACCAGAAAAUCCAACCUAGGUCUCAGCUCUCCCCUCAGCACAAGGUACUGGUCUACACAAAGAGAAAACGCAGUCCAGGAGAAAGGAGUUCAUAGGUUCCUCUGCAUCCCCAUGAAAAAGGCUGUCAUCAUCAUUUCCAUUAAUGUCCAGGUGAGGCAGGACCCUCUCCAAAUAUACUCUAUGCCUCUGAGCAAAGAA